GUGAAACCUGUGAGAAGAUAAAGGGGCAUGCAAGCCUUGUUGAGCAGACACUCCUGAUUGAUCAGACCUCAGCGGACAGACAUACUUCAGUGCAGUACAGUGUGGAAAACAAAAACAGCCAAGAUGUGUUGCUCCAGCUUUCUCAAAAUUAUGAUGUUUAUCUUCAAUGGCGGCAUCUUUGUGGCAGGUGCAGCCAUCCUGGGUGUGGGAGUGUGGGUGAAGGUGGACAGCGGUUCUCUGCUGGGUUUACUGGAUAAUGUGGAAGACAUUCCAUCUGGGUUAUCCCAGCUGGUCAACGUCAGCUACCUGCUCAUUGCAGUAGGUGCUGUGUUGUUGGUAAUUGGCUUCCUGGGCUGCUGCGGAGCGGUCAGGGAGAGCAGGUGUAUGCUGCUAACGUUCUUCAGUAUCGUGCUGAUUAUCUUCCUCGCCGAGGUUGCAGGGGCUGUGGUGCUGCUCGUCUUCCAGGAUGUGGCUGAUCAGCUUCUUGGAAGUCUGGAGGAUGAAGUUAAAAGAAGCAUUCAAAAAGACUAUGGAAGCAGUGAAAGUCUGACCUCUCUCUGGAACGCCACAAUGGAGCAGUUUAAGUGCUGUGGAUACAGGAACUUCACAGACUUUGAAGGAUCCCCUUAUAACAUUGAACAUGGGAAUGCUUAUCCACCCACCUGUUGCAAUGCAACCUACAGUGAGAAUGUAUGCAGUGCAAAUGGCGCAAUUCAUUCGGAUAUUGAUGGCUGCUUUGAAAAGCUGCUGCAGCUGAUAGAGGAUAACGCUGUCAUCAUUGCAGCUGUGGCUCUAGCAAUCGCUGCACUUGAGAUUGCUGCCAUGGUGGUUUCGAUGGUUCUCUACAAGAACAUUGGCAACAAGGCGUAAUGUUUCCUGUUUGAGAUGAGAUAAUUGUAAUAGGUGAAGAAAUUGAAGAAGAAAAAAUACUUGUGAGCAGAUUUCUAUGUAUAAAGUUUUUUUAUUUGAUUCAAAACAGACAGGUUAAGAUUUAAGAUGUGCUCUACAUUACUGGCAUGAGCAUUAAAAUCAAAGACAGAAAGUUCUUCAAUGGAGCUGAUGUGUUCUUAGUUUCAAAACUGUAUCUGUACACAUUUAUACUGUG